ACACCUCCUCCCCAGUCCUAUCUUCUCUUUUGUCUUCCCCCAUCUCUAUCUCUCACAUAACACAGUAACAGUAUAUCAUAAGUAGUAUCCUCAUCCACAACCCAUCUGCCACAACCAAGCUCUUGCAAGUCCCUACAAUGGCAGAUCCAUACCACAAUUUCUUGGAAGGCUGCUUCAACCACCAUCCCUUCUCCUGUAACCUUUCUCCUCCCCCUCCUCCUCCCCCUCCCUUUUCCACCUACAACUUCUACUCAAACUACAUCAACUACAACACCACUCACCUCUACUCGCCACCACCUCCCUCCCCUCCCCUCCGAGAAGCCCUUCCCCUCCUCAGUCUGAGCCCAACAGACCUCCACCAGCACGAGGAAGAAACCGCCUGCAGCGCUUCCCCUUCUGUUGACUAUGGUGGCAACAGCAGCAAAAAAUGCUUCAACGAUGGGGAGAAUGGGGAAGACGAGGCUGUGAUGGUGGCCCUCCGCAUAGGGCUUCCGAGCCCCAGUACGGCUGACGUUUGCUCCGGGGUCUCCCCUGCUUCGGCAGAUGAUGAGAAAGAGCUUGAAGAAGAUGGUGGCGGUGAUGCUGCUCCUUUAUGUUACCCCAUCGUUGGGAGGCUUACUAAGGGUCAGUAUUGGAUCCCAACUCCCUCUCAGAUCCUGUUAGGUCCUACCCAGUUCUCUUGCCUCGUGUGCUGCAAGACCUUCAACAGAUACAAUAACAUGCAGAUGCAUAUGUGGGGUCAUGGAUCACAGUAUAGGAAGGGACCGGAGUCGCUGCGGGGAACGCAGCCGACGGCGAUGCUGCGGCUGCCGUGCUACUGCUGCGCGCCAGGUUGCAGGAACAACAUCGACCACCCGAGAUCGAAGCCGCUCAAGGACUUCCGGACUCUCCAGACCCACUACAGGAGGAAGCAUGGAGUCAAGCCCUUCGCGUGCCGCAAGUGCGGCAAGGCCUUGGCCGUCCGAGGCGACUGGCGAACCCACGAGAAGAACUGCGGCAAGCUGUGGUACUGCACCUGCGGGUCGGACUUCAAGCACAAGAGGUCCCUCAAGGACCACAUCAAGGCCUUCGGGCAGGGUCACGCGGCCUGUGGAAUCGACUGCUUUGACGAGGAGGACGAGCCAUCAUCUGAGAUCGAGCAAGACAGUGAUCACAGCCGACAUGAACUGCACUAAGUACACCAAGCCAGAGUGUAUCACCACUGUCUUCGUUCUCCAUUCCAUUUAGCUACUGUGCUUUCUGUUCUCAUCCAUCUACAAGUGUUAGAUUCAUAUACUACAACAUUAAUGUAGGCUCAUAUAUUUGACUAUAAAUUGUUGUUGAUCGAUGGAUGGCUUGGCUAAUCUUGCCUUCUUUCUCGUUUAUAA